ACAAUAAAGCAAAUCGCUUUUUUUUAACAAAACAAAGUCAACGAUUUGUUAAUUUAUAUAAGGCAGAAGGCGCAUUACCGCUCCUAAUCCGAGGGGAGCAAAUUUGUAAAAUGGAAGUUGGUCGUAAAUCGUUCCGAGUGACGUGCCCCAACUGCAAAUUGGAGGUGAAGACAGAAACGAGGGCGGAGACAACAUUAACCACGCUUGCGACUACGAUUUUGAUGUGCAUAUUUUGCUGCUGGAUUUGCAUUCCAUUCGUGUAUUGCACGGAUUGCGCCAAGGACAUCGAGCAUACAUGCCCCCUGUGCAAAAGACAUAUUGGCACCAACGAAUGGUGAAACCGUUCAACAUUAACAUUAAUAUAACAUUAAUUAAAGGUGAAAAGUUCAAGCUGUUGUAUUUAUCUAUGUCUUCUUUGCUUACCAUUUAAAUAAAAUAUUUUUGCUUCUGGAA